AUGGAUCCCGUGGUCCACCAGAUGUUCGACGAUUUGAUUCACAGCUUCGACGCUUUCCGCUCCGAGUUCGACGGUCUCAGUGCCCGCCUGGAUCGGCGUUUCACCGAGACGGAGGCCGUCUGCUCCAAGCACGACUCCACCGUCGACCGCCGCCUCGACUCCUUGGAGCAGUUCGCCUCCGCCCAGUACACCGCCGCCAUCGUCGCCGACAACUGGGGCGGCCACUUCUCCGAACGCGUCAGCGAGCUGGAGGGGCGCGUCCAUGAUCUGGAGAUGUCUGUCGAGUCUGAAGUUCAGAACAUAUCCUGGGAGUCAUUCUCUAACCUCAUCCAUGAGAGAUUUAGCCAUGAUCAGCAUGAGCUGCUCUUACGCCAGCUUUUCCACAUUAAACACACUUCAACCGUUUCUGAUUAUAUCGAAAAGUUCACUGAUCUUUUUGAACAGCUCAAAGCCUAUAAUCCUAACCUUGAUAAACUCUACUUUACUACUCACUUCGUUGAUGGUUUACGCGAAGACAUUCGGUCUGUUGUUAUGGUUGCUCGACCCCAAAACCUCGAUACUGCUUGCACUCUCGCCUUGUUACAGGAAGAGGCGCUGGACCAAGGUAUCCGCAAGGAAUUCAAGUGCUCGGAAGCGUCGCCGUUCGCUCGCACGGCAACAAUCAAGGGUUCUCUUCCCUUGCCUCUUCCACCUAGGCGGCCCCAAGCUGUUCCUGAUCCAGUUGUUGAGAAGCGAGUUCCAACCAAGUCUACUUCCAUCGACGACAAGUUGUCCACUCUGCGAAAUUACCAUCGAGCUCGUGGACUCUGUGUUCGCUGCGGUGACAAGUGGGCCCUAGGCCAUCGGACAAUGCAAUUCAAAGGAUCACUGCUGGGCCGUGACGUCGUCAUUUUGGUGGAUUCAGGAAGCAGCCAUUCCUUCUUGAGUUCCUGCCUUGCAACCGGUCUGCCAAAUCUGAGGCCUCUUCCUAAACCAAUGACAGUAAGAGUGGCUGAUGGGGGCUCUAUUCUCUACUCUGUCGAAGUUAGCUGUGCUGAAUGGUCAGUUCAAGGCUACAGUUUCCACUCUACUCUGCGCAUCCUGCAGUUGGGCUCUUAA